AUGGCACCCUAUCCUUUCCAAUUCGAGGCCCAGCCUUACGAGGUGACGAGUAAGCCGGGUCAAACGCAGGAUGUCCAGAUCACACUUCAGAAUGUUCGCGGCAAGAUACCUUCGCUUCAAGCAUCUCGCCUCCGCACCAUGAUGUUAGAAGCUCACAGGAGUCCGGAGAAGAUUCUCGCGCACUGCUGCAGCUACGACGGGCUGUCAUCUCGGCUCGUCGAAGAGGCUGGUUUCCCUAUGGUGUUUCUUGCGGGCUAUCCUGUUGCUAGCUCUUAUGGGCUUCCCGACACAGGCUACAUUGCUAUGCAAGAAGUAUGCGACAAGAUCCAGGAGGCCGUGAGGCAGGUCAGUGUACCGGUCAUGGCCGACGGCGAUACUGGCUACGGCAGUCCAAUGAAUGUGAAGCGGACAGUGGAGAAUUUCGCACAUGCUGGAGCCGCUGGUGUCAUGAUCGAGGAUCAAACAUGGCCAAAACGCUGUGGGCAUACCAAAGGCAAGGCAGUUGUGUCUCGCGGUGAAGCCUUUGCUCGCAUCCAGGCUGCUUGCGACGCUCGAAACAGUGGAAAGGACAUCUUUGUCCUUGCGCGGACUGAUGCCCUGAUCCACGGCUGGGACGAAGCCUUGACCCGUGCCAAGGAGUUCAAACGCAUUGGCGUGGACGCCGUGUUCGUCGAGGCGCUCCCAGACCGAGAAUCGAUGAGAAGAUGUGUCAAGGAAUUGGACAUCCCCACAUUCGCGAACAUAAUUGAGGGCGGCCUGACUGAAAACCUGUCUGCCAAAGACCUCGCGGAGCUGGGCUUCUGUGCCGUGGCAUAUCCAUGGACUCUCGUGGCGGCAAAGCUGAAGUCGAUCCGAGAGACUCUGGAAGGACUGAAGAAGAGAAUGACAGUUGGCCCACCUCCGAUGGUGCUCAGCUGCAAAGAAGUUUGCGAGGGAGUUGGAUUUAAAAAUACUGGGUAUGAGCUCGAGGAGAAGUACAAGUACAAUGAGUCUGGGCUCAUCAACGGUCAAUCAUCAGCGAAUGGAGUCAACGGACAUUAG